UGGUACUUUUUGCUAAAUAGAACAAUUUUGGGAAGAUUGAUUCAAAAGGGGUUAUCACAAUAGUUAUAGGAAAAAGCAAACUCUACCAGUCCGACAAUGCUUCGACGAACUUUAAAGCAUCAAAAAUUAAUGAAAAUGCUGUCACAGAGCAUCAAACGUCCCUUUCGGCUUCCUAAAGCUAACAUUCAACGGACCUUUCGGAAAGUUGAUUAUUCGAGAUAUAAAGACAAAUUUACACGAAGUCAUGAUUAUGUCAGUGACCCAUUCGCUCCUCACGAGAGCACAUGCUCAACAAAAAGCAGGAACAUGAAAAGGAGAGCAGAAGCUAGGCAAUUCCUGAAUAGAAGUGUAGAGAUUCCAAAAUUUAACAGAAAUAAUGAGAAUCCAACUUAUAUAUGGAUUGAAGAGAUGGGCAUUGAACCUUCCCCUCGAAGAAGUAGGAUAAAAACUCUGAUUUACCAGGCCAAGAAGAGAAAUGCUAAAAGGCAACACAGGAAAUCUUUUAAAGCCAACGAUUACGAUCGAAUCAUGAAACAAGUUUAUGAAUGGAAGCAGCUUAAGAAAAGAGUUAUCCAAGAAGCUCUCUUUCAGAAUGUUGUCAAGGAAUGGGACUUUUAUCGCACAUUCCAAAAGUAAGGC